AAGAUAUGGGUCCAACCUUCCCUGUUACCAGGUGACUAUGAGAGCUGAGGACAGACCACUCUCUGCAAUGUACACCCAUAGGGAAGAGAGUGCUGCAAAGCUAAGCUGCUAUUAGUAUCCAUUUAAUACAUUGCUCCCUCUUCUCCAAACUGCUGGUUCCGUCUGCAGCUAAGCUGAUUUUUUUUCCUGUUUUAAAAAUAGCAUGCACUAGUGCAGUCCAUCCCUUCCCCCCUGCAUACCCCCCAGCCCAGCCUAUGAAGUGGUUCUGAAAAGACUUCACUUUGUUGCUGACGUUCUGCAUACAGUGCAAACAUUUACUAGACGAAAUAGCAGAGGAAGCUCAGUCCACAGGGAAGCGAGACGUAUGCAAGGAAUAGCAUGUCUAUAGAGCCUGCACCACCGCAUAGUCGCAAGAGGAAAAGGACAGUAGACAGUGCGGAACCGUACCCUGCGAAGAGAAGCACAAGCUGGGGUAUCCUCACUAACCAAGGAUCAUGGGCCGAUCGAUCGCCUCUACAUGAAGCGGCAAGCCAGGGAAGGCUGCUUGCAUUGAAAACCUUGCUUUCUCAAGGUUACAAUGUGAACACGUUAACCAUUGACCAUGUGACCCCACUACAUGAAGCUUGCUUGGGAGAUCAUGUCGGAUGUGCAAGGACACUUCUGGAAGCCGGUGCAAAUGUGAAUGCUACAACUAUUGACGGAGUGACUCCUAUAUUUAAUGCAUGUUCAAGAGGCAGCGCUAAUUGCGUGGAACUCCUAUUGGAGUAUGGUGCAAUGGCACAGCUAGAGACAUGUCUCCCGUCACCUGCUCACGAGGCAUCAAGUAAAGGUCACAAUGACUGUCUAGAAGUAUUAAUAUCCUGGGGUAUAAACGUGGACCAAGACAUUCCUUACCUAGGCACUCCUCUUUACGUAGCAUGUAAAGGGCAGCACAUAGCUUGUGUAAGGAAACUUUUAUAUGCAGGUGCUGAUGUACAGCAUGGCAGACAUCUGGACACCCCAUUACAUGCAGCAGCGCAGCAGUCUUGUAUGGAUAUUGUAAGUUUAUUGCUUGACUUUGGUGCUGAUAUCAAUGCAAAAAACACAGAUUGCAAGCGUCCAGUGGAUGUCGCUGCCACAAGAAGUUCAGUGGAAAGACACCUGCUUCAAUAUGAGGCAAAUCCAUGUUCACUUUGUCAGCUCUGCAGACUCAGUAUCCGGAAAUGCGUCGGACAGUCAAGAUUACAUCUUAUUCCACGCCUCCAGCUACCAACUAUCCUGAAAAACUUCUUACAGUAUCGAGAAAGUAUAAGAAACUUUUAAUACUUUUUUUUAAAUUGUGUACGUCAAGUAUAUUGUAAAACAUGACAAUAUAUAUCACUUACUGUAGACUGUAUAUUUGUCUCAGAAAAAUAUUGCACUUGGGAUUCUAAGGAAUAUAUUGGUUUAACUGGAAUGAACUCACUUUAUAUGUGUUUCUGGUAUUGUCAUGCGCACUGCUAAAUGGCAUCCCAACAGAACCUUCCCAAUCAAGUAGAAACCUCUUAUCCCUUUGUGAGACCCAUUUUGGGUCUAUUCACACGGCACGGUCAAAAUGUGUCUUUAGCAGCAAUUUUUGUAAAAUCACAAAAAAAAAAAAACACUACGUGACCACACAAGAUUAUUUUUCAAUAUUUUGUCUGAAUAUUUAUAACAAAAUUCAAUAAUGUUAAGAUUCAAAUGCACAGCUGUUCAAAACAGGGAGUGCUUCGCCACAAUUUUUGGUUGUGUGACUCUUGUCAAGGCUAAAACUGCUGUGUAGCCCCAUAGAUACCGCAAUGGUAUCUUCAAAAGAGGUGGUCUAGCUAUCCCGCAGAAGUGACCCUUACAGCAUGUCUGAUUGAUAUUACAUUCUGUAAUGGGUAAAAAAAAAUGCAUUUUUCUGUUAAAGGGCUUCUGUCACCCCACUAAAGUCAUUUUUUUUUUUUUUGGGCU